UUUGUUUACUUCCGGGUUGUCGCAGUAGGAAAACAAGAGGGGCACCAACACGCCCACAAACACCGAGCAAAGCGGAUUAAAGUCCCGCAGAGAUGGCAGGGGAGGCUGAGGACGAGAUACCGGACUCGGGGGCAGUUUUCACUUUUGGAAAGAGCAAGUUUGCUGACAACAUUCCCAGUAAAUUCUGGCUAAAAAAUGACGUUCCACUGAAAAUAGCUUGCGGGGACGAACACACGGCCUUAUUAACGGAAAAUGGAAAACUCUUCAUGUUUGGCAGCAACAACUGGGGUCAGCUGGGCCUGGGCUCCAAACUGACCGUCAACAAACCCACCUGUGUCAAAGCUCUGAAGUCGGAGAAGGUCCAGCUGGUGGCCUGUGGAAGGAACCACACACUCAUCUGCACAGCUCAGGGAAAAGUUUACGCCUCGGGAGGAAACAGCGAAGGCCAGCUGGGGCUCGGAGACUGUGACGAGCGGACAGCCUUCUGCAGAGUCGACUUCUUCAACUCACACGGACCGAUCAAGAUGCUCGCUGCCGGUUCCAACACCUCCGCUGCUCUCACAGCGAGCGGACGGCUGUUCAUGUGGGGCGACAACACCGAGGGUCAGAUCGGUUUGGGGAAGGAGAGUCAGGUGUCCUCGCCACAGGAAGUCAGCGUGGGACGACCAGUCAGCUGGGUGUCGUGUGGAUAUUACCACUCUGCUCUAGUCACAGCGGACGGAGCUCUGUUCACCUUCGGGGAGUGGGACAGUGGGAAACUGGGUCUGGGCACCGACCAGCUGCCGGGACAUCGAGUCCCUCAGCUGGUGAAGAGCAUCAAGCACAGAGUGAAGCAGGUGGCGUGUGGAGGCGGCCACACGGUGGCGCUAACAGAGGACGACAUCUACACGUUCGGCCUCGGCCAGUUCGGACAGCUCGGUCAUGGGACGUUUAUCUUCGAGUCUCGGCUGCCACGUCCGGUCGAACAUUUCAAGAAGGGACGAGUCCGUCAGGUGUCCUGUGGAGAGAACCACACAGCUGUCAUCACAGACGGAGGUUUGCUGUACACGUUUGGAGAUGGACGGCACGGAAAACUCUGUCUGGGGGAAGAAAACUUCACCAACCAGUUUAAACCGACUCUGUGUCCACGAUUCCUCAAGUAUAACGUCAAAUCAGCGGCCUGUGGCGGCUGCCACAUGGUGGUGUUGGCUCACCCGAGGGAUGGCGGCUGCAGUGACGUGACUCUAGAGGACGAUGAUGUGACGGAGGAUUACCUGCAGAAAUCCUAUGUGGAGCUACUGGGGGACUCUGUCGACUCCUCCACCCUGCAAAGGACCCUCUCCGCCCGGGUUCGCAGGAGGGAGCGGGAGCGAUCUCCGGACCAGUUCGGCGCCAUGUUCCGAACGCUGCCCACCAUGACACCUGGCUACCUCCAACCACCGCCGCCCGUCUCCAGCCAGACCAUCCCACCCAGACUUCCUCCAGCUGAGCUGAACCACAGAAAGGUGCUCAACGGCACUCACCAACAUGGAAGCGCAGGGUCAAACCACCAGGCCUUUGAAGCGUCAAACCUUCUAACACUGCAGAAUGAUGCUGUCCUGUUUCCAGAGCAUCCGGAGGCCGAGCACGGCAGCGUUGUGGAGAGUCUGACGGAUACCGACAGCGUCAGAGGCCUUGGAGAAACCACAGACUUCCUCAACAUGACUCAUGUGGUGAAGAUGGACCCUGGCGAUAAAACGCUCACUCUGUCUCCAGUUCAGAAGAGGAAGGGUAAGAGUGGCAAAGCUGAGAAAGAGCAGAGUCAGAGAAAGGAGAGAAAGCCGUCCAGGCAGAGCAGUUUCUCCUCGACUUCGCCGUCUCGUAAGAGCAAUCCCACCUCCUCCCCUCGCCGGGCGCUGCCCACCGAGCUGCUGAGGGGCCACAGCACUCGACCUCAGAAGAAAACCAAACAGAACAAAGAGAACCUGAUCCUGGCUGUGGAGGAGCUGGGCAGGAGGUCCGGUAAAAACAAACCUCCGAGCGUGGUGGACAUCAGCAAGGCGGCGUCCAAACAGCGUCACAAGCCGGUUCAGGGUAAAAACCAGCUGAUCGGGGUCGGCAGGAAGCUAGAAGCAGAAUCGAAGAAAGUUUUAGGCGACAGCUCUGAAUGUGUAGCGGCAAAAAUUAAGGAGAAGGAGUCCAAAGCUGUGAAGGUUAAAGCCAAACCGUUAGUGGUGCAAAGCAAACGCCAGGAUUCAACUGCUUCUCAUCUGAGUGACGCAGGAAACGACACGAAACCUAAAGCGGAUUUGUCCAAGAAAUCCAAGAAUGAGAAAAACCAAAAAGAGGCUCAGAUCGAAAAGGAGUCACCAAAUCUUGGUCUGCUCGCCGGGGCCGCCUCCCUCGCCGCAGGGUCAGUUUUAAUCCAAGAAGCGGUGAGUCGCUUCAGCACGCCGUCGCCGUCUGAGAGCAGCCGAGGAUUCCUCAAGGACAAAUCGAGAAGCGACGAGUCAGAUUCCUUCGCUCUGAGCAACAAAUCUGCCGUCAGCAUCAACAUCAUUCCCGCACCGGAGAGUCCCGAAGAGAGCCGGGACGAGAAGGAGGCGAGUCAAAGCGAGACGCCGACGGACUCCACAGCCGCCAAACAGCAAGAGGAGGAAGAGAAGGAUGAUGAAGAGGAGGAGGAAGGCCAGAGGACGAGUGCAGACGUCAGCGAGGAUGAGGAGGAUGCAAGUCACAGCACUGAGAAAGCAACAGAGGAUGAAGAGAAAGAGGAAGACGAGGAGGACAGUGACACUCUUCAACCAGAAGAUCAGUCAGAUUCAGAUGAUGAGCAGGAAGAUGAGAGCGCUGCUGAAGAGGAAGAGGAGGAAGAGGAGGAGGAGGAGGAAGAGGAGAAAACAAGCGGGGUGACAGGAAGCGAAGACGACACCGAAGAGAGAGAAAGCAAAGGAGGAGACGUGGAGGAGGAAGAGGAGGAGGAAAGUGAGGAAGGGUCGAGUCAAGAGACAGAAAGUAGAGGAGGAGAGAGUGAAAACGAUGAAGAGGAGGAGGAAGAUGAAGAAGAGGGGAGUUUGGAAAGUGAAGGUGAGGAAGAGGAGAGUGAAAGUGGGUCUUUGAAGUCAUCAGAGGAAAGAGAUGAAAGCGAGGUAGAAGGAGAGGAAGAUGAGGAGGAAGAAAAAGAAAGUAGUGCUGAGGAAGAAGAGGAGAGUAGUGGGGAAGAAAAGGAGGAGAGUGAAGAAGAAGAAGAGGAAGAUGACAAGGAGAGUAAAGAUGAAGAGGAGGAAGAGGAGAGUGAGAAAGAAGAGCAAGAGGAGGAAGAAGAAGCAGAGGAGGAAGAAGAGGAAGAAAGUGAAGAAGAGGAAGAAGAGGAAGAGAAAGAAGAAAGUGAAGAAGAGGAAGAGGAAGAGGAGGAGAAAGAUGAAAGUGAAGAGGAAGACGCAGAAAGCAGCAAUGAUGACGAAGAGGCUGAAGAGGAGGAAGAGGAAGAAGAAAAGGAGGAAGAGGAGGAGGAAGAGGAAGAAGAGGAGGAGGUGGUUAAAAGGAAAAAGUCAAAAGAAGUCAAAAGACAAAGUGCGAAAUCCGCUACUACUAGAAAAUCAGGGGUCAAAGGUCUGGCAGCAGGAGAGUCCGAGGAGUUCUGGGACGAUGUUUUACCUCAAUACCUCUCUCUGAAAUGAAACCUAUCACUGAUCAAUAUGUCUGUUAGGUUAUUGAUUUUAUUUAGGCCACGAGAGACCAGAAAGUGGUGAAAACCGGAAACUUGUCCCAUUGGAGACGCUUAAACCAGGGAAAAACUUUUCUUUUUUGCUUCAGAAGAGUCAAGAAUUUCCUUCAAGAUUCACAAAAUUGUCUGAUUUUAAGUGAGUUACACUUUAUGAUCAGAUUUUACACCCACUGACUUAUCAAAAACAGCUAUUAUAUCUGAAAUAAUGCCGCAAAGGAAGGGAGUUUCAUUUAUUUUUCUGUGGAAAAUUGAGUCGUGUCAUCUGCGAAGAAAAUCAAAACCCCAAAAAACAAGGACAAGAGCAGAAACAAACCAAAUAACACAAUCAAAUGCUGCUAGUAUGUAAUCCACCUAAAAUGUGAGGGUAUGUAGAUAAAUGCAGCUGUAAACAUGAAUAUUAGCCCUUAGGAAGACAGUAUCACACAAAUGUAUGCCUAAAAGCCAACACGAGCUUAACGAAUUAAAGUUGCCAUGCCGUCGGCUUUUAAAUGCAAAGCAAUAACUUUUGGGUGCCUAUCCAGAUUUUGCAGGAUUUUUACCAGCUAAAUUACAAUUUUAUAGCUAACUAUUACUCAGAUGUUCAUUGUUUUUCCUUAAUUUUGUGAGUUUUACCAAAUUUUUUAAUGAUUAUACACGAAUUUCCACGUGUUUACGUAAAUUUUCAUGUCACAUGUUGCCUAAAUUUCCAAACAUACACUAAUUGGAUGUUUGUUUUAACUUCUAGAAUUUUUCCUGUCCAUGCAGGUUAUUUGAAAUUCAGUUCUCUAAUCAUAUCUGAAGUGUUUAAUUCAACUAUUUUAUUGAUCUUCCCUAUUAAUCAUCAAGUUCUCCACAAAUUUAAAUGUGCUUACUUGAAUUUUGAGACCAUGUUAUCUAAAUUUUAGCCUAAAUUUCCAACAUUUUACACAAAUAUCAUCUGAAACUGUGUAAGAGUCUUGCCCAUAUUUUAAGAUUUUACAUAAAUGAAUUGGGUAUUGAGCUUUUCAGUGUCCAGAAAGUUUAUCUGAAUUUGCAUUUUAAACUCCAUAUUUUCAGAUUAGUUUUUCUUGUUUUACCUGAUUUUUUUUUCUUGAACUUUGAGUUUUCAUCAGCAUCUUAAUACACCUAAAUUAAUUGCUUCUGAAACAGUUUUAGAGUUGGUGGAUGGGGAGUGGACCUUUGUUGUUUUCUGCAGCAGCUGUAAUAACUCCUACACUGUGCCUUUCUCUGUUUCACUUGUUUUGCAUGUUAUAAACGCAUUUUUAAGUUGCUUUCUGAGCUGUUUUUUUUCAUAACAUUCAUGCUUUUGUAUUUCCAGCCAGUCUUUGGCUCCUGUCUUGCCUCUAAAUGGCUAAAAUCUGACUUGAAUUUUGCUUUUAAAUGCUCUGUUUACUACUUUAUCCUCAGCAGCUCUUUUUUUAAAUUUGUUUUCUCCCUGCUUCUGUUAAUUUGUGUUUUGUUCAUGUCAUUUCGAUAUUGUGGGAUGUUUUUAAAACACCGAUUUGCACUGUGACUACGGUGAAGAGUAUCUAAUGAAACCAGUGUUCAGUCAGAUUACCAGUAUGAAACUAAACUACCAGAACUCUAAAAUUACUCAGACCUUCAGCCUUAAUCUCUGGCAAAUUAAAAGACGUACAUUUUUAUGUAUUUAUAGGGGAUCUGGGACUUUUCUUUUUCACUUCUGUGCUUGUAAUAAAAAUGUUUUAUUUCA